AUGACAAUUAAUAAUGUGUGUAGAGAGUUUUAUAGUUUGUGGAGGGUUUUCCCCGAUGAAUUGAAAGACUCUAAAGAAUAUAAUUUUAAUUUCGGAAUGCUUAAGAAUUACUGCCCUAAAUCUGGAAACUGCAAUAACGAUAUCGAUAAGAUUAAUGCUGGCUUUUUAUGGUUAUUUAAUGCAUUUUUCGGUAAACAUGGUUCUUCAGUUAUUAAUAAUACUUAUAAGGAUGAUACUGUAUGUAUAAUGAUAUGGUUAAGUUAUAUGUUAAACCUAAAGUCACAUGAUGGAAUCAACACAUUAAAAAGUUUUUAUUCUCAGCAUAUACAAAAUAACGAGAAGUACACUAAGAUUGAAGUUAAUGAUGAAACAUAUGACAAUUAUAAGAAAAUUAUAGAUGAAAUAAAGGAAUAUAUGGAUAUUAAUAUUAGUCACAUGUCUAGAUUUUAUAAAUUACUUAAAUUGUUAUGUAAUAUGAAUACUGCUUAUACGAGGAAUAGUAGUAGCAAAUGUUCAGAACAUGCUAAGAAAUUUGCUGAUGAAUAUGAAAAACUCUUUAAUGAUAAUGAUAAUAUUGAAGGCAGUUCAUACAAUAAAGUAUUACGUGUUUUAUCCAGAUAUUAUAAUAACUUUGAAAAAGGCAGAUCUUAUAAUAAUAUAUCAUUAUAUCUUCCUUCAUUAUCAACAGAAAAAACAUCCCGAAAAGUUAUUGUAGCAGGUUCUAAUGAAACUAAAAUAGAUGACUCCUCGAUUGGAAUAUAUCAAUCAAAUCUUGUAACGACACCCCUGAGUUUUAAUACUAUAUUAUCAGACUCAUCAAUACUAAAUAAAUUAAUUCGAGUUUUAUCGAUAUUAGUUGCAAUACCAAUUUUUUGGGGAAUUUCAUAUAAGUAUUCGUUAUUUGGAUUUCGGAAACGAUCUCAAAAACAAAAUUUAAGAGAAAAGCUAAAAAAAAUAAGAAGAAAAUGGAUGAUUAAUAUAUAA